AUGUCCAUCCACCUCCUCACCAGCCCCGGCCCAGCCCUCGCCCGGCAGCCCGCCGCAUACACCACCGCCCGCGCAGCCCACUCCGAGCUCGCAGCCAGUCUCUGGGGCCACUUCCAUCCCCCCGCCUUCGCCCCAGCCGACUCCCUGGCGGCCAUCGACUUCCCCUCGAAUGUGCCCACCCUCUGGGGCUACCAGACCCUGCUCGGCUUCACCCCCGCCGCGCUCAGCCAGCUCAAUCCCUACUGCAGCCAAGCCUACCCCCAGGCACUCUCUUCCUCUCCCUCCCAAGCGACCACCCCCUAUGCCGAGAGAGACCAGCCCUUCGACCAGCAGUUUUCAUCCUUCCCCCCAUCUCUUUCCGCCGGAGCAGCUACCCCCACCCAGCCAAUCCCUUACUAUCAUCUCCCCAGCCCAAGCCGUCUGAUCCAAAACCCCGCCCACACCGCGUUCGAGCAGAACAGCCGCCAUUCGCCAGCGUUCAAGAUGUUCAAGUGCACGCUUGACCCCAGCUGCGAGAUGGAAUUCACACGCGCAGAGCAUCUCGCAAGGCAUGAAAGGAAACACACCAAAGAGAAACCAUUCAAGUGCCACUGUGCCAAAUCCUUCAGUCGAUUAGAUAACUGGAGGUUAGCACUCUUUCUCUAUCUCUUAUCGGUCCUUGCGGCCUUUGCCUCGUUGAUCCCAACGAUCUUCAACCGAAACAGGCAACACAAGGUGUCCGUCCACAAGGAGGACGCCCAGCAAAACGCGCUGACUGAGGAGCGUCUUGUCCAAGUCCACAAGAGCAUGCAGCGCCAAAACAACAUCCGCAAAGCCGCCACGAUGGCUGCCCAGCGACAAGACCGUCCCGAGAGCUGUCCCUCGAUGACCGGCUCUUCCUCCGAAUCUGCUUACUCCCCCGCCCCCAGCUCCUUCUCGGACACCAGUCUGCGCCAUCCAUCUGCCACAGGCUAUGUUCGUCGUCAGUCACAGCCAAGCCCCCUCCCCGCUAAGACCCCAGACAAGGCCCUCUGGAGCCAACUCACCACCCCGCCCUUCAACAACCACCCCGGCCAUUCUCCCAGCCCUUCAACCCCGAUGGGAAUCGUCGGAAACUCUAACUCUUCUCUGCUGAUCCCCUCAGACUCACACCCCGCCGUCGGCACACCUUCGAACACGGUGCAAUACGACGCAGCUACUUACAACAGCGACAAGAGUGACGAGUUUCACCGACUCGCUGCGCAGUACCCCCCGCGAUUGAUCAACUACAAUCAAGUCUCCAGAGCCCCCCUUUCAUCUCUUUGGCCGACCCUCCAGCAAUUCUCAUCAUCUUCCGCCACCUAUCCCGCCUCGCCUUACGAGGCAAACGCGGCGACCUAUGAGGCAGCAGCCCCGGGGACCCAAUCCGCCGACCAAGCCGCGGGUCUCGUGUUCAAGAUGAACGACAGCAUCUUCUCCCACCACCUGCGAGUCCUCUCCUCCAUGACCCACGAGCAAACCGCCAUCCUGACCCCACGCAAGCCUGCGGGCGGCUUGCUGGGACACGCCGAUCUCGGAUACCUCGAAAACCAACGCGCCUACUCGAGCUACUUGCUCGUCGGCCAAAACACCCCGGACUUCGCCGCCGCCCCCUCCCGCAAACGCGCCCUCGUUGCUGAGGACGCCGCGGAGGCCGGUGCCAGUGGCCAUCCAAACGAGCCAAACUCGGUCAAGAAGAUCAGGAUCUGA